GGAAUCUAAUGCCAGUCCUACCUAAGAGCCAAUCCUGGAGAGCCACAUGGGUGGGAGAUAGCAAUAAAAAAAAACAAUCCACAGCAGGCUGCAUUCACAUAGUUAACUGGAGGAGGAGGAAGAAGUCUCUGGGUUCUCACCUAAGCUGCAUGAACAGUGUCCGCACUGGGGAGUGAACUUGUGUGCCUCGCCUUGUAGGAAGGAUGGUGGGUUCUGAUCUCCUGGGGCAGACCUUGGCCUCUUGCAUUUUGGUCCUCUCACUGAGUGUCCAGCAAGGUUACACAAACGUCACAGAAGCCAGUUUCUAUGAGCAGGGCCUGGUCUGCGGAGACCCUGGCACUCCAGAGGCCGAGCUCUGUUUUGACCCCUGCCAGAAUUACACAGUUCUGGAUGACCCCUCCCGAAGCAGAGAGGACACAGGGAGUGGCAGGUUCUGUGAUAACGGUUUGCGCGGCUGGUACCGCUUUGUGGGUGAAGGAGGAGAGACAAUGUCUGACAGCUGUGUCCCAGUGUACAGAUGUCAGACAGAUGCUCCCUUGUGGCUGAAUGGGACUCACCCUGCCCUUGCUGACGGUAUCGUCCAGCUCACUGCAUGUGCCCACUGGAGUGGAAGCUGCUGUCUCUGGCACACUGAUGUGCUGGUGAAGGCCUGUGAGGAUGGAUACUACGUGUACAGGCUGGAGUCCACCCCAACGUGCUCUCUAAGAUACUGCACAGACCCUCCCCCUAUACCAACAUGUGAGUCUUCCUGCCGCCCUGAGGAAGAGUGUCGUGAAGAAGAUGGCAUCUGGGGCUGUUUCUGCAGACAGAACAUCAGUGUCUCUGAUGGUGAAAGUUUGCAGCCUCAGUUGGACUGUGGGGCCAGUGAGAUCAAAGUGAAGCUGGACAAGUGUCUGCUGGAAAACCUGGGUUUUGGGGAGGAGGUGUUAGCCUACCUCAAUGACAGGAAUUGCAACAGCAUCUUGCAAAGAGAGGAUGACAACUGGCUAUCUGUGAUCAGUCCUGUCCAGGCGAGCGCCUGUGGGAACAUUCUGGAGAAAAAUGGAACCCAUGCCAUCUACAAAAACACCUUCCACUUGGCCAGCGAUUUUAUCAUCAGGGACAUGCUCCUCAACAUCAACUUCCAGUGUGCCUACCCCCUGGACAUGAAGGUCAGCCUCGAGGCUUCACUUCAGCCCAUUGUAAGUUCCUUGAAUAUCAGCUUGGAUGGGUAUGGAGAAUUCACAGUCAGGUUGGCCCUCUUCCAAGAUGAGAGCUACAUAAAUCCUUAUGAAGGGGAGUCAGUUGUGCUGUCAGUGGAAUCCAUGCUCUAUGUGGGUGCCAUCUUGGAGAGGGGAGACACCUCCCGGUUUAAUCUGCUAUUGAGGAAUUGCUAUGCUACCCCCUCUGAAAACAAGGAUGACCCUGUGAAGUACUUCAUCAUCAGAAACAGCUGCCCAAAUCAACAUGAUUCCACUAUCUCUGUGAAGGAGAACGGGGAGUCUUCGCAGAGCCGGUUCUCAGUCCAGAUGUUCAUGUUUGCUGGAAAUUAUGAUCUAGUUUUCUUGCACUGUGAGGUUCAUCUCUGUGACUCCUUUAAGGAACAGUGCCAACCAUCUUGUCCAGCAAGUCGGCUCCGUAGUAAUGUGCCGGGCCUUGACCUAGCCCAGGUUCUGGAUUUGGGACCCAUCACUCGGAAAGGAGCCCAGGCUCUUGGUGUCAUGAGUGGAACCCCCAGGACUGCAGGGUUCCUGGUGGCCUGGCCCGUGCUCCUCCUGCCUGUCCUCCUGGCUUGGCUAGUCUAAGAGCAUAGAUGGGCAUCUGGCCUUGAAGUCCAAGUUCUUCACCCUCGCAGUCCUUCCCAUUCUGAGGGAAGAGAUUGCCCAUUCUUCGACACUCCCGUGCCUUUGGAUUCCUGUUUUCCUCAUGGUGGGGUCCUGUCAGCUUGUCCUGGGAUGGCCUUUUCAUUUUCUUAUUUACUAGUGGGACCUUGAACACAAACUUGCUAAAUGACUCUGUGGCAUGUUGAUAAUUUCAGGCAAGAGGUUUCCUGUCACUGGGUGAGGGGCAGUGAGCACACAAAAGAGAGUCCUCCCAUGAGUCCUCCCCAAGCACUUCCUGCCUCACUGUGGGUAUAUUGAAUGAACCAACCCUUACAUUG